AUGUCCGACGCAAAGUCCUUCUACGAGCUCUCCGCGUCCCUCCCGGGCGGGAAGACGUACAAGUUCGAGGAGCUCAAGGGCAAGGUCGUCCUCAUCGUCAACGUUGCAUCCAAGUGCGGGUUCACGCCGCAGUACAAGGGCCUGCAGGCGCUGUACGACAAGCACAAGGAGAAGGGCUUCGUCAUCCUCGGCUUCCCGUGCAACCAGUUCGGCGGGCAGGAGCCCGAGAACGACGAGAAGAUCGCGCAGUUCUGCGAGCUCAACCACGGCGUCUCCUUCCCCCUCAUGGCCAAGUCCGACGUCAACGGCGACGCCACGAACGAGGUCUACAAGUGGCUCAAGGGCCAGAAGGCCGGCAUCCUCGGCCUCACCCGCAUCAAGUGGAACUUUGAGAAGUUCCUGAUCGACCGCGAGGGCAAGGUCGUCCACCGCUGGGCGUCGACGACGUCCCCCGAGGCGAUCGACACCGAGGUCGAGAAGCUCCUCUGA